AAUUACUAAACUCUAGAUCUGAACGUCCUUUUCUAUUUUUUUUUAAAUCAUACCUACAGGCCCCCUGCUUACAUGCACCUUUAUGUGCAUUUCACACAAACGUACGAGUGAAUAUGUAUCUUUGAGAGAGAGGAAGGCAAAGAAGCCCACCUGCCUGGGACGCAGGAGGAAACCAAUCAGCUCGUGUCAGUCACCCCAGUGCUGAGCCAGGACUGAUGAGGUGCUUGCUAGUCAAUCUACCCAUUUUUUCCACGCGACAGCCUACGAGCUGGAGCUGCUGUUCUGAGCACCUCCCUGCUGCGGGGCUCCAUCCACUCAGGGGCUCAGCCUGAACCCGUGCAGCGCACCUGAACGAUGAGACCUUGAGCCCGAGCGCGCCCUGCCCCAGCCACACGCCGCCGAGGUUUCAGCAGGAGAGAGACAGAGGCAGCAGCGAGGCGCCCCGCUGAGCAGGGAGGGAGGGGACUGACUGGGCACGAUCUCUUCCUGUUUCGCUGCCUUGGUGCUGAGGAGGGAGGGGCUGGGGCGGCCGCACUUGCCCUGGGUGCUGCUGCGGGGUGGGCAUGUCCCGGGACGCGGCUCGCCGCUUUCCAGUGCCUGGGUUUUGCUGUUUGUGGCACAGGCACGUUGCACGUACGAGGAGAUGAGCGCUAGGCAAGCCGAGGAGGAGCCUGCUGCGGCCCAUCCGCCGCUGCCCAGGCUGCUUUCCGCCUUCUUCUAUGGAACCUGCUCUUUCCUCAUCGUCCUGGUGAACAAGACCGUGCUGACCACUUACCGAUUCCCAUCUCCAAUGGUUCUUGGAAUUGGACAGAUGGCAACAACCAUACUUAUUCUGUAUGUGUCAAAAUUAAAUAAGAUUAUUCAUUUCCCUGAUUUUGACAAAAGUAUCCCUGUGAAGUUGUUUCCUCUGCCUCUGCUUUAUGUUGGAAAUCACAUAAGUGGAUUAACAAGCACCAGCAAACUAAGUUUGCCGAUGUUUACAGUGCUCAGGAAGUUUACCAUUCCACUUACAUUACUGCUGGAAAUCAUCAUACUUGGGAAACGAUAUUCACUGGGUAUUAUAGUCAGUGUAUUUACCAUCAUUCUUGGGGCUUUCAUAGCUGCUGGAUCAGAUCUCUCUUUUAAUUUGGAAGGCUACACCUUUGUGUUACUAAAUGAUAUCUUCACAGCAGCAAAUGGAGUAUACACUAAACAGAAAAUGGAUCCAAAGGAGCUGGGAAAAUAUGGAAUCCUUUUCUAUAAUGCUUAUUUUAUGGUGAUACCCACAAUGAUUAUUAGCUUCUCCACUGGAGACCUUCAGCAGGUCAUAGAUUUCAAGUACUGGACAAAUUUUUUUUUUCUCUUUCAGUUUCUUCUCUCCUGCUUCAUGGGGUUUCUCUUAAUGUAUUCUACAGUCUUAUGCAGCCAUUACAAUUCUGCACUUACGACAUCAGUGGUUGGUGCAAUCAAGAAUAUAUCCAUUGCUUAUAUUGGAAUGUUGGUUGGUGGAGACUACAUAUUCUCUAUAUUAAACUUUAUAGGGCUAAAUAUUUGCAUGGCAGGAGGACUGAGAUAUUCAUUUUUAACAUUACGAGACCACAACAAGUCUAAGCAGCCUACAGAUGUAGAAAACACAUCUUGAUUCAAAGAGCUAGCAAAAAUGAAUAAUGUGAAAUGCAGUGAAGAUGCAAGCUCACUAAACAGCACUACCAUGAAGUUAAUCAAGCACGUGCAGCACGAAUGUAUCUGAAAUGAGAAAACUGUACCUCAGUUACCAUUGCGCACACACAUCUUAUAGACUCAAAAGUGUUCUUACACACAGUGUCGCAACUUAUUUUUGUUUUAUUCUUUACACCAAGACUGACUUAUAAUAUGGGAACAUCUAUCCAAAGUAAUUGGCUAGUUGUAACUGUCUUUAUUCUUCUUGCCAUUGACAAUAUUUGUACUCAGCCAAUUCUUAAAUUUCUUACUCAGUUUUCAUCAAUCUUUGUGAGGCAAAACUCCCAGUAAAGACAAUGGGGGCUUGAUUCAUUUCUAUUCUGUACCUUGCAGACUUGUUUACAUCUACAAAGAGGGUGUACAAUGCUACCAAAUCAAAAUGGUUUUACACCCACUUUGCACUAGUGUAAAUGACUUUACAACUGGAUCCUGGCUCACUACAAAAGCAGUUUUCCC